UUUAAACUGCAACCUACUCUUUCUCAGAUCUCAUCUCCAAUACAUUUCUCUAAAAUCUCUUCAUUUCCUUUUUAGUUGAUUUGUCCCAAUAAGGUUGGCGAUGGCCAGCAUCAAGACCACAAUUAUACUGGGAAUUCUCUGCCUUGUCCUAUUGCAUGAGUUCGAGAGCAUGAAUAUGGCUGGUGCAGAUGGAAAGAUAGAUUGCAAAUCAAAGUGUGAUUACAGAUGCAGCAAGGCGUCAAGGCACAAGAUGUGCAUAAGGGCAUGCAACACAUGCUGCCAGAGGUGCAACUGCGUGCCCCGGGGACUUCAGGCAACAAAGACGUUUGCCCUUGCUACGCAAACAUGACCACACAUGGAGGCAGGCCCAAAUGUCCUUGAAAUCUACCCACAUACCUUAUGUAUCUGAGUUGAUUCAUAAAAUUACAGAUAUUCC